UGAAAAUCGGCAUAAAACUGCCAUGGGACGACCACAUUAACACAUCCAACGUUGCUACAUGUGCUGUUGCCCUGGCGCGCUGUGGUGAUGUUCAAAUUCCCUCACACUCCAACGGAACAGGAACCCAAUGAACGGCCUGCAAGGAGAGCAUCCUUUGGUGAGAGCAGCAAGGAUCCUGGUCAUACCUUGCCUUUUCCUGGCCUGGUGACUGUGGUGCAUAGCGAGGAGGAACUUGACUACAUCCUGGCUGGCCUGGGAAGCAGGUGGGUUGUCCUGGAGUUGUGGGCUCCCUGGUCCGCCGCCUGCGCGGCAAUUCGCAGUGAGUUCGAGGUCUUAGCGAAGAGUUAUCCAACAUGGAUUUUUCUUCGUGCUGACAUUGGCCAAUUGCCUGGGAUUGCGAGCCGUUGGUCUGUGACGCGCAUACCUUUGUAUGUCUUCUUCUGGCAGGGCAUUGAGGAGACAGAGUUUGCUGGAGCAUCUGUGCGCAAGUUGCGGGAGGUGCUCGAUGAUUGCACCAUGCUGGGGCCAGCUGAAGUUGCGGCUCAUGCAGAUCCUGCUGGGCGCGUGAGCGACUGGAAGUUGAAUCCUGAAGGUGCAGACUGACUUCAGCACCGGCUUGCCGACUGAGCCACAAAGCAUGGCCUAUUCACAGCGGCCUGUCCAAAACGGUCCGCUUGCAGCAAAAGUUCUCCAAGAGCUUUGCUGCGGUUAGUGGAUGGAUGUGGAUGGUGUUUACCGUUACCAGAUGUGCAAGACACCCGUGGCAUCCCGUGGCUACAGAUUUUGCUCUGGCAAAUCUGUUGCCAAGUUGCCUAACGGGCCUAACACGUUUGAGUGUGACACUGAAAAAAUCUGAAAAA